AUGGUUUUGCUCUUUGGUUUUUAUGAAGCUAUGUGUGGUGGAGAAAUUCACAAAGAUGUGGGCCAGAUCCAAUCUCCCAAUUACCCAGAUGACUACAGACCUUCCAAAGAGUGUAUCUGGAAGAUCACAGUUUCUGAGGGCUUUCACAUAGGAAUCACAUUCCAAGCCUUUGAGAUUGAAUGGCACGACGCAUGUUCUUAUGACUACCUGGAGAUCCGAGAUGGCCUCACUGAGUACAGCCCACUGAUUGGUCACUUCUGUGGCUACGAGAAGCCAGAAGAUAUCAAAUCCAGCUCAAAUAAAGUAUGGAUGAAGUUUGCUUCUGAUGCAACCAUCAAUAAAGCAGGCUUUGCAGCAAAUUUCUUUAAAGAGACUGAUGAAUGUUCUCUGCCAGACAACGGUGGGUGCGAGCAGCAGUGUGAGAACACACUGGGCAGUUACAAAUGUACCUGCGAGCCUGGCUAUGAGUUGACAGCUGAUAAAAAGAGCUGUGAAGCUGCCUGUGGGGGCUUCAUCACCAAGCUCAAUGGGACCAUUACUAGCCCUGGAUGGCCCAAGGAAUAUCCUACUAACAAAAACUGCGUCUGGCAGGUGGUAGCUCCAGCCCAGUACCGGAUCUCUCUGCAGUUCGAAGUGUUUGAGCUGGAAGGCAAUGAUGUCUGUAAAUAUGACUUUGUUGAAGUUCGUAGUGGGUUGGCUUCUGACUCCAAGCUGCAUGGUAAAUUCUGUGGCUCGGAGAAGCCCGAAGUAAUUACAUCGUAUGGCAACAACAUGAGACUGGAGUUCAAAUCAGACAACACGGUCUGCAAGAAAGGCUUUAAAGUUCACUACUUCUCUGACAAGGACGAAUGCUCCAAAGACAAUGGUGGUUGCCAGCACGAAUGUGUCAACACCUUUGGGAGCUACAUAUGCCAGUGCAUAAAUGGCUUCAUGCUGCAUGAAAAUGGCCACGACUGUAAAGAAGCUGGUUGCGAGCACAAGCUGAGUGGUGCAGAGGGAACCAUGAGCAGUCCAAACUGGCCUGACAAGUACCCCAGCCGAAAAGAGUGCACCUGGGACAUUUCUGCAACACCUGGCCACCGAGUGAAAGUGACCUUCAAUGAGUUUGAGAUUGAACAGCACCAAGAAUGUGCCUAUGACCACUUAGAGUUGUAUGAUGGGCCCAACAGCAAGUCACCUAUCCUUGGCCGCUUCUGUGGCAGCAAGAAACCAGGCCCUGUAGUGGCUUCUACCAACAAGAUGUUCCUCAGGUUUUACUCUGAUGCUUCUGUGCAAAGAAAAGGUUUCCAGGCAAAGUACAGCACAGAGUGUGGUGGGCUCUUAAAGGCUGAAGUACGAACGAAAGAGCUGUAUUCCCAUGCUCAGUUUGGGGACAACAACUACCCAAGUCAAGCCAACUGUGAAUGGGUGAUUGUAGCUGAAGAUGGUUAUGGAGUGGAGUUGAUAUUCCAGACAUUUGAGAUUGAGGAGGAGGCUGACUGUGGGUACGACUACCUGGAGGUUUAUGAUGGUUAUGACAGCACUGCACCACGCCUGGGAUGUUUCUGUGGCUCAGGGCCUCUGGAAGAAAUCUACUCCGCAGGGGAUUCCAUCAUGAUUCGAUUCCAUACAGACGACACCAUCAACAAGAAAGGCUUUCACGCACGGUACAUAAGUACCAAAUUCCAGGAUGCAUUGCACAUGAGAAAGUAG